AUGUCUCAGCCUCAAUUACCAGAUUUUCCGCAAGAUGUUCCUGAAGUAGAUGCGGCUGCUAUAGAAAAGAUAGCACGCCUGGCUCUUAAUCAUACUUUGUUACUGGAAAAUCGCGAUGAAAAACCGGAAAGAAUUCCGGAUCUGGAAAGUUUUGGGUUGUCGCCCCAGGAAACUGAACUGUUGUUGUCGUUCUUUACCGGUAUGUGGGCAUAUUUCAUUUACCAUCGACUUGGCGGACAGUCACUAUCGAAUGUGCUAGAGUCGUUGCUACCUCCUUCUUAUGUUGAAGUUGUUACCGCUAUUUGGUAUUCGGAUGGACCAUCCGUUUAUACUCACUUAGCCCGUCGAACAGCUUCAAAUACACCUCGAGUUCAAGACGUCUCAUGGAGUAUAUGGUCUCAAACAACAAGUGAUUACACACUUGAAAAAAACGAUCAGCAUGGAAUUCGAUUGGACAUUGAGACCGAUAAAGGAAUAAAACCUGUCUUCCUCACGUCUUCCCAAGUGGCAAAACUUCACAGCGAAACCGUUCGGAUACAAACGGAAAUCGAUAAGUUACUUGAAUGA